UGUCCAUUUUUUUUAUGAUCUUAAUAAUAUAUAAAUACAGCUCUGGAAAAAAAUAAGAGAGCACUGCCCAAUCUCCAGAUUUGAACUCUGUUGAAAACCUCUGGAAUGUCAUCAAGAGGAAGAUGGAUGGUCACAAACCAUCAAGCAAAGCUGAGCUGUUUGAGUGGUAUAAAGAGUGGUAUAAAGUUCCCCAACAGCAAUGUGAAAAACUGGUGGAGAUCAUGGAGCCAAAACGCAUGCAAAUCAGGGUUAUUCCACCAAAUACUCAUUUCUUAAUGUUAUUUAGCGAAAGCAUUAACACAGUUUGUUUACAAAUUAUUUGCAUUAUACACUCUAAAUAUCGAAAUAUUUUCAGCAGUUCACAAAAAAAUGAAACAAAACUGUUAAUCUCACCAAUACAUGCACCUGUAAGAAAAAAAACAUAAGAAACUGAUUAUCUUGCAGUGGUCUCUUAUUUUUUUCCAGAGCUGUAUAUAUAUAUUGAAUUUUUUAUGAUCUUAAUGAUCUGAGAGGUGAUGAUAGCAUUCAUAUUUAAUGUUUUAUGUCUGAUGUAGUGUAAUCAAUUUCUUAUAAUUACAAAAGGUUUUCAUAGAAUGGUGCCAGAGAAUGGUGGCAGAUCUGACCACAUGGCUCUGUGAGUUUUUCCAGUGUGAAUUGUCCAUCUUAGAUGAUCAUGGAAGACUCUGUUGACAUCAUUCUUCAGGACAAAAAGUUACAUCAUGCUCACGAAAAGCCGAUUGUCAUGGCUGCCUCCGGAGCUAUGCUUAUAGCCUCUUACGGACUUUGGACAAUUUUUGCACUGCCUGGCUUUCGAAAAGUGCCAACAAGUCUAAAGGUGCCGUACUUGCCCUCCAGCAGGGUGCAGACGCAGAACGUUAUGAAGCUUCUGCAGGGCAGAAGAGGCUGCCUGGCAGAUCUGGGUUCUGGAGACGGAAGACUGGUGUUUGCUGCCUCGUCACUGGGCUUCCGGUGUACCGGCUUCGAAAUAAACUCCAUUUUGAUAGGCUACGCAAGAGCCAGAGCAAGGUGGAUGGGAAUUUCAACUCCUGCAGCAAGAUUUGUGAAUGAGGAUUUCUGGAAGACUGAUUUGUCCCGAUAUAAGAAUGUGACAGUCUUCUUGGCACCUGGAGUGAUGGAAGUACUAGGCAGGAAGCUGGAGCAGGAGUUGGCUAAUGACGCCAGGGUGAUCGCCUGUCGUUUCCCAUUCCCUCAGUGGCAUGCUUCACAAUCAGAGGGACAAGGACUGGACCAAGCCUGGGCCUACGACAUGGCUACAGUUCGCAAACUCCCAGCAUGAGCUCCAACAAAUCACUGCAAGCCUUUAUUUCACUACUGCCAAAUGGAUAUUUACAAACCCACAGCACUUUGGGUGAAAUGUUUAACUUUAAAGUAGUGACCUGCACAUAUUUUAUUUAAGUUGCAUAAUAAGAUGGUCAGAAUGUUUUAUUUUAAAUACUGUGUAUACAGCAAAAUGAGAAAACCUGACAGAUGUCUGUGUGGAUGAAUUCUGGAAAAUAUCCAGAAAUUCUAAAAAAUUGGAGUUUCUGUAAAUUCUUAUAUUUUUUUCCUGCCAGUAUUGUACUUUGAUAUAAAAACAUAAAUAAAUUCAUGUAAAAGAAAUGUUU